GAUCGGGUAUGGGGCUCAUCCUCUAAAAAAGGCGUAUUCUCAACGAGAAAGCACUUUCUGUGUGCCAGGUCUCUCAAUUUGCAAUCCGCCAUGGAUGAAACUCGAAAACACCAGGUUUCUAUGCGAGGAGCGAGCGCGAAGGACAUUUCGAGGGAUGAGCUUCUAGAGAUGGUCUCGCAUGAGAGAGAGCUCCGGGUUUAUAUUCGGAAAUCCACUGCAGCUGCACUGUGUAUUCAGAGAGUUUGGCGGCGUUACUAUGCCACAAAGUUGUUAGCCCUACAUCUUCAGCAGCAAUGGGAGGUUAUGAUGGAUAAUCUAGCUGUUCGUCCAACUAAAACACUGAUAUCCUGCAAUAUUUUGAGGCCUUUUAUUUUCUUCAUAAUGUUCUUAUUGAAUCGAGGAGUAAAAAUGCUAAAGAGAGAUAAAAAUUGUAUCGCAAGUUGCUUCAGAGUUGUUUUGGAAAGCAUUACAUCAACUAAUGCAAAUGAAAACUUUUGCUCAAUGGCAUUUGGAAAUGGCGGGGAAAGAAUAGUUUGGACGUACCAAUCGAAGAAGCUGAUUUCCAUUUGCAUGUUGAUUCUAGCAGAAUUUGAUAACUCUCACCCAGGGGGUGAAGAUGUGUUUGUUACAUCAUUGGCUCUGCGUUUGGCAGUUGUUUUGAUUGAUAUCAAAGGAUGGAUUUGCAUCAGCGAUGCUAAUAUCCAAAUUGCAAAUAACUCUAUAAGAGAUUUAGUUCAUUUCAUGGCAAGUAAGAAGAGCGGUUUGUAUAGUUGUGUCCAGAGAUACAUUUGUAAACUUCAAACUCCUAUUUCUUCUCAAGUAACUUCUUCUGGUCAAACGGAUGAUCGAUUCUUGAUCAUUGCUUGCGCUACAACUUUGGUUCUCCGACCAUUUCACGAUACAGGCGUAUGUUUAACCACUAAUUACUCGGAGGAUGUUCAGAAUGCUGCUGAACAAUUCUGUAGUUUGCUUCUUACAAUUCCUUGGUUGGCUCAAAAGUUACCAGCUGUGCUGUUACCUGCUAUGCGACACAUGUCUGUAUUAUCAGCUUGUUUACAGACUCUGAUGAUGUCAAUGGAAGAAAUCUCAAAAGAAAUGUUUGAUGUCGAUAAGAUGACACGUACUGGACAGAACAGGGCAAUGCCACCGGUUGGUUGGGCUCUGGCAAACAUUAUUUACCUGGCGACAAUGGGUGACAAUAAUUCAUUGGAUUCUGGAAAGUUUCCCCCUAGCCUCGAUCAAACUUCCUAUGUACGUGUUGUUGUUUUGCUGGCAGAGAACCUGUUGAUUUGCUUUGAAAGGGUUGGACUGCUAAGUCACGAGGACCGGAAUGAUGAUGUUAAUUCUGUUGAACCUCUCAACUUUUAUCAUGAGGCUGGGACAACAGGUGGAUCCUCAAAGUUGUCUUAUCUGGACCUCCUUAAGCCAGUUUGUCAACAGGGGCAUCUAAUGAAACUUAUUUCAUUUGUCAAAGACACCUCCGUUAAGAAUGAUGUUAACAUGGCAUCAAGCAGUGUAGCAUCUCAUAGAUGUGAAUUGCGUGAUAUUGCUUAUUAUUAUUCAUGCAUGAUAAGAAUAUUCUCAGUUCUGGAUAAAGUGCAUGGAGCGUUGCCAGUUCUGAAUAUGCUAUCUUUUGCUCCCGGAUUUAUUUCAGAUAUGUGGGGAUCUCUAGAAAAAACGUUUUUCCCUGUAGGGGAACAUGUUACUGAGAGCACCUCAGAUCAAAAUAAAGUUGGUGAAAAUAAUAUUUAUGAAGUGUCUGAACAAAAGCAGAAGCACUUUGCUAAAGACAGUGGCAGUAAAUGGGUGAAUGUAAUUCAGAAAAUUGCACGAAAAUCUCACCCAGAAUCAACAUCUACAAAUGUAGCUGAUGGAAUUUAUAGCUCUAACACAAUUGGUGAGCAUUGUUCUGAUAUCUGGGAUAUUAAACCAUUAAGGAAGGGCCCCGAGGGUAUAUCAAAAGAUACUUAUUGCCUUCUUAAUCUCUUCUGUGCUAGUUAUUCCCACCUGCUUGUAGUUCUCAGUGACAUUGAGUUUUACGAGAGACAGGUCCCUUUUUCGUUGGAGCAGCAAAGGAAAAUUGCAUCAGUGCUUAACACAUUAGUGUACAAUGCCGUGUCUGUUAACAUUGUUGCUCAAAAUAGGACUGUCAUUGAUUUUGCUGUCAAGUGCCUGCAUUUGUUAUAUGAAAGAGAUUGUAGGCACCAAUUUUGCCCACCUGCUUUGUGGCUUUCACCAGGUAGAAUAAACCGGCCUCCAAUUGCUGCAGCUGCUAGGACUUUUGAAGUAUUGUCAGCUAAUAAAAAUGAUGUUUCAACCUCUCCUAUUGGUUCUGUCAUUAUAACUACACCACAUGUCUUUCCAUUUGAAGAAAGGGUUGAAAUGUUCAGAGAAUUUAUCAAUAUGGACAAAGCUUCUAGGAGAAUGGCCGGCGAGGUUCUAGGUCCAGGUCCACAUGCAGUUGAAGUUGUUAUUCGCCGCGGUCAUGUUUUUGAAGAUGGAUUUCAACAAUUAAGCAGCAUUGGGUCCAGAUUAAAGUCUAGCAUUCAUGUUUCUUUUGUAAAUGAGUCUGGUCUCCCUGAGGCUGGCUUAGACUAUGGUGGGUUAUCUAAGGAAUUCUUGACUGAAAUUGCAAACGCAGCCUUCUCUCCCGAGUGUGGUCUAUUCACCCAGAGUUCAACCUCGGAUCGGCUUUUGAUUCCUAAUUCAGCUGCAAGAUUUCUAGAAAAUGGAAUCCAGAUGAUUGAAUUUUUAGGAAAAAUUGUUGGCAAGGCACUCUAUGAAGGAAUAUUGUUAGAUUAUUCCUUUUCACAUGUUUUUGUGCAGAAGUUAUUGGGCCGUUACAGCUUUCUUGAUGAAUUGUCAACGCUUGAUCCUGUGCUAUAUAGAAAUCUUAUGUAUGUUAAGCAUUAUGAAGGUGAUGUCAGAGAGCUCUCUUUGGAUUUUACAAUUACAGAAGAAUCACUUGGAAAGAGACAUGUUAUUGAGCUCAAACAUGGUGGAAAAAAUAUCAGUGUCACAGAUGAGAACAAGCUGCAAUACGUUUAUGCAAUGGCGGACUUUAAACUUAAUCGACAGAUACUUCCAUUCUCAAAUGCAUUUUACAGAGGGUUAAUUGAAGUUAUAUCUCCUUCUUGGUUAAAGUUAUUUAAUGCAUGUGAAUUUAACCAGUUGCUCUCAGGGGGGGAUCACGAUAUUGAUGUUGACGAUUUACGUAAAAAUACACGGUAUAGUGGGGGAUACAGUGAAACUAGCCGCACAGUGAAACUUUUUUGGGAGGUAUUUGCAAAGUUUGAAGCCAGGGAACGGUGUUUGCUCCUUAAGUUUGUGACAAGUUGUUCUCGAUCUCCGUUACUCGGGUUCAAAUAUCUCCAACCACCCUUCACAAUUCAUAAGGUUCCAUGCGAGAUGCCACUAUUAGCUGUAUUUGGAGGGCAGGAUGUGGAUCGACUUCCAUCAGCUUCUACAUGUUAUAAUACCUUAAAGCUUCCAACGUAUAGACGGUCGAGCACUUUGAGAGCAAAGCUUCUUUAUGCCAUCAAUUCAAAUGCUGGCUUUGAGCUUUCAUAGUUUCCUUUCUUGUUGCCAGCCUUUCUCUUUGCUCUCUUUCAAUACAUACUGCUGCAGAUUAUAUGGUACAAUUGGAUGCACCAUGUUCUUGGUACAUCGUGGAAAACUUUUAAAUUAAAAAAAAGUUUCAGAAUGAAAACUACAUUGUUUCAUGGUGAACAUGUUUUAGAAUGAGCACUACAUUGUUUCAAAAUGAACACUAUAUCGAGCAGAUUUGGAAUGAACACUACGGUGGAAA